AAUAUCUUUUAAACAAUUAGCCGUCUGCCCCCAAACGGGGGUAUAGGCGUGUUCAGCUCGACGAGCUCUACAAGCUGGCAAAGUUUCAUUAAUAAGUGAGUGUAACACUUGGGUAGUUCCCCUUGUAAGACCCGGGAAAGGGGUGAUCUACAGCGAGGAUCAGGAACCCGAUUUAAAUUUUCGCGCGCAAAUGUUACGACGCAAGUGGUGGGGGGUCUGCAUACCCACCUCUCCCCACCAUCGUCAGUCUACCUGGGACCGCUGAGGCGUACGGACCGGGGUCUAGAGAAGGGGAGGUUUAUUUACCUGAGGAACCCGACCAUGCUCGCGAGGGAUUGAAGUGGCCAUGGAAGAUCUGAUAAAUCAGCAAGCAGUCGAAGACAAGCGAGAAAUCGCUGGAUUCGAUCGAAGAUGGGUCAUUCACGGGCCUACAUUCGCGUCCUUGAGGUCCUUUACGUUUCGUCGGUGUCGCAACGUCGACUCAGCAAUCGCGCACGUCGACGAUUUUUUUCGAAACUGAAGAAUUCCUGGCCACCGUUCGACCUGGUGAACAGCUGAUCGUAUCUACCAUGUCGACAAGCUGAGAGAGCCUCCUUGCUUCCCGACCCUCUAGCUUAAAUAAGAUCACAACUGGUCACAUGGCGAUCGCUUCGGAAAACUCAGUGACGAUUAUUAUACGCACUUGGACCUUUAUGAUAAUCUUCUGCUUCGCUGGCUGUGCAGCUGGUUCCUGCUUGAGCUAUGGACAUUCGUGUUGGGGUGCACAUGGUAAACGGAGUGGGGGACAUAACAAUGGGUAUUUGUUACCAUUAAAAGGAACGAAUGAGAUGCAACAUGGAAUACCUUUACUUACAAAGGAACAAUUAAUAUUAUCUCGUUUAAUUGAUCGGCCAUUGAUGUCUAAUAAAUACAAAGGAAGAUGGGACGGACUAUUUAAAGUAAAAUCAAAUUUUCCAGAGCAUUUGAACGACGGUGAUGUUAAUACUCGCGUUAUCAGUAAUGAACCUAUUCGUGAUCCAAAUAACGACAAUGAUAUUGAUGGUGGUAAAAGGAAAAAUAUGAAUGAUAUGCAGGACAUGAUAGAAAGUAUGAACAAUGAGAAAAAGGAAGUUCCGGAAGUUGUACUGAUAUUAGGUAACAAAGAGAAGGAAUACGCCAGUCAACCACAAAACCUUGAAUUCUUGAAAUUUUUGAGUGAAACAAAUGGUAAUUUCGAAUAACAGAAU